AUGUGGUUCCUGGGAGAGCUGCUUCAGAAUGGCAUGCCGAAUCUGAAGGAACUUGAUCUGGAGUACACCGAUGCUGGCAGCGUUGGUGCGGGAUAUUUAGCGGAUGCCCUCUUGGCAGGUAUCCCUCUGCGUCGCCUGGAGCUUUGCGGCUGCCGCGUGGGGGCGCAGGGGGCGCAGCGCUUGGCCGAAGCCUUGCGGAAUCCGCAAGGCUGCAGACUCACCCGUUUGGGCUUGCGUGGCAACGCCAUUGAGGACCAGGGUGUGACUGCACUGGCAAACAGCAUCCUCGAAGUCGGGGGCCGAUGUCAUGAAUUCGAGCGAAGUCAGCGCCUGACGGGCGCCCGUGCCACAAGCAAUGCCUCGGUGGCCUCCUUGCGGCGUGGCCCGUCAACGCUGGACAGUAAGGUCCCAGCCUUCCUGACUCAGCUGCAGGAGCUGGACGUCUCGAGCAAUCGCAUCGGCUUGUUCGGGGCGGAUGCCUUAGCAGCGGUGCUCACAGGAACAGCCAAGACGAGACUCACUUCACUGGACGUCUCUCGAAACUGUCUCGGGCGUCAGGGUGCAGCUGCGCUGGCUGCAGGCUUGGAUGAAGGAUGUCCGCUGCAACACCUCAAUGUGAGCAAUGCGAAGAUGGGCGAUGGAGGAGCAGAGGCGAUUGCCAAAGGCCUAAAUCGAGGUCCCAAAGCGAUCGUGUGGCUUCAGCUGCAGGAGAACCGCAUUGGCCUACGAGGCUUGCAGCUCUUGGUGGAGGCCUUGCCCAAGGUGCCAGGCCUACAACGCUUGGCUGCAAGUGGCAACUUGGCCUCCGACGAUUGGCCCUGCCACGUGCUGGAGAACUUGAUUUCGGCCAAUCGCGCAGGGAUCACCAAGCCCUCGGUGCAGCUGUUGAGUCCCUCCGGACGACGGUGGUUGGGCUAUCGCGUGGUGCACCAAAACACUAGCCCCUUGGAUCCCUUGGUGCUGGAGGACCAGCGUGCUGAAGGCUUCAGCCGCCUAGUGUCGUCGUUACGACGCGCCAGGCGCCAUGGCGGCGCAAGGGGGACAGAUCAUGGAAAAGGCAUGGCAAUCGACCAGGGCGGCGGACCAUGUGUGGGCCAACAGGUACUUUCCUUUGGUACCUUCGUUCCCCGGUUUCUGGUCGAUAGCUGCUUUCCGGAGCUAAACUUGGUCGGCAUGGUGAAAACCAAAUUUGUGACCCAGACUGACAUGAAGAUAGGCUUGAUUGGGGAUGAAGACACGGUAAAUGUGAGGAAAUGCUGCGAGAACCCUGAAGGAAAGAAGAACUUCUUGGUCGUUGACUCGAAGGUCCACAUUAAAGACAUUGAGGAACAGUUCCAUGACCUUACUGCGCGAAAAGAUAUCUCCAUGAUUCUGAUCACACAGGAUUGUGCCGAAAUGAUUCGAAGAGCCGUGGACGAGUUUGCCCACAGCGGGCAGAUGAUUCCCACCGUUCUGGAAAUCCCAUCCAAGGACACCCCAUACGACCCGCGAAAAGAUGGUGUCAUGCAGCGAGUGGCAUUCUUUAUGCCCAGUGCUAUGGCAUCUUUGGGGGCUUCGGCAGGGGUGAGAGAAAUCUUCUCAGCGUUGUCCAACUCGGAGGCCAGAUAUUUUGAUGAGGAGCGUUACUCCGAGUCGGAGCUUCGAAAAGCGCUGAACGACAGCAUCACCGAGCGGAAGAUCGAUGCCAUGAAGCGUCUCUUAGCGGCUGUCUCUGUGGGCCGCGAUGCCAGCGCGCUGUUCCCUGACGUGGUCAAGAACGUCUCCUUCCAGUCUCCUGAGCUGAAAAAAUUGAUCUACAUCUAUCUGGUCCAGUAUGCGGAAAACAACCGCGAGCUUGCGCUUCUGUCGAUCAACAGCUUCCAGAAGGACCUUUCAGAUCGAUCGCAGCAACUGCGUGCUUCAGCUCUGAGAGCCAUGGCAUCCAUCAAGGUGCUGGAGGUCAUUCAGCUGGUGAUGGCAGCGGUGCAGACAGCUGUUGGUGAUAGUUCCCCAUAUGUGCGAAAGACUGCGGCACAAUGCAUGAUCAAGGUGUAUGGUGUAGACGCAGAUCAGUUCCUCGAAUUGAGGAAACUUCUUCUGAAGUUGAUGAACGACGUGGAGGUGCAAGUGGUUGGGAGUGCUGUCAUGGCCUUUCGCCAGAUUUGCAUCGUGCUGCCGAAGGAUGCAGCAGAGGAGAAGCAAGGAGCAGAAACCACAGAGUCUUCAUGGAAUGCUCAGCAACUGGAGUUGCUACAUCCACUCUUCAGGCGCUUGGUGCAGGACAUGUUGCUGAUGGACUUUUGGGCGCAGCAAUGCUGCAUUGACCUGCUAAUGAGGUACUGCCGCCUGUUCUUCGCCAGCCCGGACAAGACGUCCCAGGAGGGAGAAGAAGGUGCAACGGGUGGUACCUCAGAGGACUUUCUGGCUUUCUUAAAGAAUCUAAAGCUGCUGCUGUUCUCAGCCAGCAAAGGUGUGACCUUGGCAGCAGCUGUAGCUCUUUGUUACUUGGCGCCUACAGAGGAGAUCAGUUGCGUGGCCAUGCCGCUGAUGCGGUGCUUGCGACAGGCAACACCAGAGGCAUCCAUCACUCUGCUCUCAGCUGUGGCGCCACUGGUGGAGGCUCGCCCGGAGCUCUUCAGAGCGAUGAUCCGUGAGUUCUUCAUACAGUCCUUUGACCCUCCAGAGAUGAAGCGCUUGAAGCUGAAGGUGAUCGAGAUGUUGGUUGAUGACACAAAUGUGCAAAUGGUCCUUAGGGAGCUGCAGGUCUACGUCUCAUGGCACUCGCAGCCGGACUUCGUGGCUCUCGCUGUGCGAAGCAUCGCGCAGGUGGCCUUGAAGAUGACCUCGGUGCUCCGCUGCCCUGCUGGGAUCAACGGGCCCACAACGGGAGGACCUGAUCUGUACUUGCUCAAAGCAAUUGUGGAUUCUCCCAGUGGUUUACCCAGCAUUUGCGGCGGCAUGAGAUCCCUGGAGCCGGCCUUCUCGGCCGCGCUGCGUCGCCUGCCUGGAGGAUGCUUUGCCAAGAUGCCGCGCUCGCAGGCCAUGAGCGCCGUCCCACCGCAGACGUCGCUGACCAACAUGUGCACGUACUUCCAUCCAUGGCCGAAGCAUAGGUCGAUGUUCAUCAUCUAUGGCAGUCGACGUGCAUCCAGCACUUCUCCCAUGGAAGAAAGCGCCAGCAAGGUGGGCGACAUGGAGAUCUCCAACUCCUUUAACUUGGAGAGCAUCUAUGGAGGGGGCAUGAAUGCUGCUGCUACAAAUGGUGCAGAGGGGCAGACAGGAGGCGAGAAGCGGAAGGCAGCUGCCCCUGCCAAGCCGUUAGGCCUGGGUGGGGUCCGGCGUCGCUUUGAGCGCGGCCAGAAGCUCUCCAUGGUCACAGCCUAUGACUUCCCCUCGGGCCGCUUUGCCCGGCAAGCGGGCGUGGAGCUGGUAUUGGUGGGUGACAGUCUUGGCAAUUGUCGGCUGGGCCUGUCAGACACGGUGGGUGUCACCAUGGAGGACAUGCUGCGGGCAACCCAAGCAGUACGGCGUGGUGUGGAUGCUACUGGCAAUGCCACGUCACCAAAGCCGCUGGUGAUUGGGGAUAUGCCUUUCGGCUCAUACUUGACGAUGGAGGACGCGCUUCGGAAUGCAGCUGCCUUUCGGGUCGCAGGCGCUGAUGUUGUCAAGCUGGAAGGUGGCGGCCACCUCGCGCCGGUUGUAAAAGCGCUGACCAAUGCGGGGAUUGCUGUCAUGAGCCACAUUGGGCUUGAGCCCCAACGGGCCUUACUUCAAGGAGGUUUUCGCUUGCAAGGCACUUCGGCCGCGAGUGCAAUGGACAUUAUCGCAGAUGCAAAGGAGUUAAACGGCGCCGGAGCGGUGCUGCUGGUGGUCGAGAUGGUACCAGAGGAGGUGGGAACAGCUGUACAGGCUUCCGUCUCCUGUCCGGUGAUUGGAAUUGGUGCUGGCGGCAAAGUCGCUGGCCAGGUCUUAGUGUGCGAUGAUAUGCUUGGCAUGCAUGGUCGACCACCCUCCUUUGCCAAGAUGUUUGUUGACGUGGGCCGAGCUUCCACGGAGGCCUAUGAGAACUACGUGAAAGAGGUCCGGAGUGGACAGUUUCCUGGAGACAAGUAUUCCCGACACAUGCCAGCAGAGGAGCUCCAAAAGCUGCAACAGCUGUUGCCACAGGUGCAGUUGCAAGACACUGUGCAGGAGUCGGCAGAUUCACCUGUUGUUAAUGGCCAUACUGCCUCCUCCUCUCGUUCGCAGAGCACCUCAGGAAGCUUCGGCUUUGAGCUUUUGCAAGGGCGUUUGCUGCCUGUGCAACGUCACAGCGCUGGGGUUCGCCUCGCCGGUCUCGCCGGCGCCCGUGGCAUCUCACAGGCAGCUGGCACCAGCACAGGCACAAGGACAGAGCCUCAGCGAUUGUGUUCCAAUGCUGAACUGAUCGCAUGGAGGCGCAAAGUUGCCGAGCAAGGGCGUCGGGUUGCGUUUGUUCCCACCAUGGGAAACCUCCACGAGGGUCACUUGGAGCUCAUCGAUGCCGCCAAGCAACGAGCUGAUGAGGCGAUUGUGUCAAUCUUCGUGAAUCCAUCGCAAUUCGCGUCUCAUGAGGACUUGGAUACAUACCCGCGCACCCUCGAGGAGGACAUGCAGAAGCUGCGUGAGCGAGGGGCCACGGCGCUGUUCACGCCUUUCGCCAAUGAGCUGUAUCCAACUGGAAUUCCUGGUGGCACCAUGGUAGUGCCUCAUUUUGUAGAGGGCAAGAGCGAGGCAGCUGAUCGCCCUCAUUUUUUCUCUGGUGUUGCAACAGUUUGUCUGAAGUUUUUCAACCUUCUUCAGCCUGAUGUAGCUAUCUUUGGGCAAAAAGAUGCCAUGCAAUGUGUGGUCAUCGCAAGAAUGUUGGAGGACUUGAUGCUUGAUCAUCGAAUCGCUUUGCACGUGGUGCCCACAUCACGUGAAUUUGACGGGGUGGCUCGUUCUUCCCGAAAUUCGUAUCUCUCGCCAAGCAUGCGCCAGAAGGCGCCUGCGAUUUACAAGGCCUUGUGUGCCGCGACCAGCGCUGCGGGCGCAUCUCCUGGAUCGGUUCGCUCCUCGGUGCGGCGAGAGCUGGAAAGCCAGGAGCUUGAGGUAAGCUACAUCUCUGUGGCAGACACCCGUUUCAUGAACGAGAAAGCUGAUGAGGCUGAUUUGAGCAACUCCGUGGUAAGCAUUUGCUGCGUGAUGAAGGAAGAGGGCCAUCGCACCUGUCGCUUGUUGGACAAUGUCCUGGUACCAGCGCGAUGA